UCUCUCCCUUUCAGUUCAUUUCAACACACUCUUCAGUUUUCGCACACCCCACCCCAACACUUUUCUUUCCUUUUUUUCUCUUUUAUUUUUUGAUUUUCCCCAAAACCUAACAAAGAAACAAACAGCACAUGGGCAAGUACAUGAAGAAAUCCAAAAUCGCCGGCGAUGUCGCUGCUGUGAUCAUGGAGGCACCGCCGCCCCACUCUCCCCUCGGGGUUCGCACCAGGGCCAAGACCCUUGCCCUUCAAAACUCUCCUCCACUUUCCUCGCCGCAAAAUCCUGACUCCUCUGCCUACCUCCAGCUCCGCAGCCGCCGCCUCCUUAAGCUCCCUCCGCCGCAGCUGCCGGAAAAGCCUCGCAAGUUCUCUGGCGAUAGUGCUGUCUCCAAUUCCAGGCUCGGACAGAGGUUUGCCAAAACUGCGUCGUCUCACAGCGCUGAAAAGUUAGGACCUUUCUGCGCGGAAGAGGAUAACGCUGAGUGCUCUUUUGGCGAAAAUUUCUUAGAGGUUGAAGGCAGAGAAGAUAGAAGCACCAGGGAAAGCACACCUUGUAGUUUAAUAAGGGAUUCAAAUGCAAUUCAUACUCCUGGUUCAACCACAAGGCAAAGAACGCACCAAAUAAUCCGUGAACACAUACAAAGAAAUAUUCCAACGGCUUAUGAGAUGGAGGAGUUCUUUGCUUAUGCAGAGAAGCAGCAACAAGCAAUAUUUAUGGACAAGUACAAUUUCGACAUUGUCAAUGAAGUACCUCUGGCAGGACGGUACGAAUGGGUCCCAGUACUUCACUAGGAUAAGCUAUAGUCAUAUGGAUUUCAAGCAGAGCUAUUAGACUUGGAAUAUGACGACUAGCGGCUUUCACUAACAUUUAGAUUGCUCAAGGCUAAGGUUCAUGUUUAACAAGCUACAAGGGAAAGGAUCUGUUUAGAAUUUUCUAAUAUCAUUAUCUGGGUAGGUUAGAGUUAAGUGUCUUUCCAAUUUGUAGGGGGUAUAUGAAUGAAUAUAUCUAGUUUUUAGGUUCAUCUUUUCUGUAAUUUCAUUACCUCCUCUGUCUAUAAUUGGUAGGGAUUAGUCGUGAUGUUAAUGUAGAGAGCGUACUGGCUGAUGUCGUCAAGCUGGAGAUUUGGCAUAUUAAAAUUUUAACCUUGAUU